ACAAUUUAAUAUGAUCAUUUAAAGUUAAGGUCACUUUUAUUCGCUUCUUAAUCACUAUUUAGAAACAUGCAGUUACUUUUGGUCGCAUUGGCGUUCGUCUUUACGCACGACCUCACCGGAGCCGCGCGCUCUGACAGUAAGUGCGCCGCCCAGUGCGACGCGAGCUUGUGCCCGAGCCCCCGCUGCCCCGGCGGGUACAUACCGGACCGAUGCAACUGCUGCCUGGUGUGUUCCCCGCGAGAGGGAGAUCCAUGCGGCCGCAAGACCGACCCAUCCUGCGGGGACGGCAUGGAGUGCAAGCUCCUCGCUGCGGGGAAGCGGCGGGGAUCCAGAGGAAUCUGCCGCUGCAAGAUGGAUCACCAAGUGUGCGGGAGCGACGGGAGGACGUACGGUAACGUGUGCAAGAUGAGAGCGGCCAACCGAAAAGCUCUGCAGAAGGGGAGAGACCAAAUAAGACAAGCGCACAAAGGAGCCUGCACAGGUGUACGCGCAGUUGGCUCGUCAUGUCAGCACAGGUUCUUCCUUGGUCCAUCCCAACAGCAGCGCUCGCUACAAGUUCAACUUCAUUGCAGACGUCGUGGAGAAAAUCGCCCCGGCCGUUGUUCACAUCGAGUUGUUCAUCAGGUACACCCUCUGUUUGGUCGCCACAUGCACCUCUCCAGUGGCUCUGGCUUUAUUGUGACCCACUCAGGUGUGAUUGUGACCAACGCUCACGUGGUCACCACGGCUGCCGCGGUGACCGGGAGGCCCCAGCUGCGCGUGCAACUCCACGACGGUGACGCGUACGAGGCCGCGGUCAGAGACGUGGACAGGAAGGCAGACAUUGCCACAAUCAAGGUCAAUUCGCAGAAGAAGCUUCCCGUGCUCUCUCUGGGCCGCUCCGCUGACCUGAGGCCGGGCGAGUUUGUGGUCGCCAUCGGCAGCCCCUUCGCUCUGCAGAACACCGUCACCACCGGCAUUGUCAGCACCGCGCAGAGAGAUGGCAAAGAGCUGGGCAUCAAAGACUCAGACAUAGACUACAUCCAGACUGAUGCUAUUAUUAAUUACGGCAACUCUGGAGGACCUCUCAUCAACCUGGAUGGGGAGGUGAUAGGCAUCAACACUCUGAAAGUGACGGCAGGAAUCUCCUUUGCUAUUCCCUCAGACAGGAUCAGUCGCUUCCUCACAGAGUCGCAGAUCAAACACAGCAAAGAAAAGACGAGGCAGCAGAGACGACUCACAGAGGAGCCUCAGUCUGAUGCAGACGUGAAGAGACGUUUUUUAGGCAUCAGGAUGCUCACAAUCACCAAAGAUCUUAUAGCACAGUUACAGCAUCACAAACCAGACUUUCCUGACGUCAGCAGAGGAGUGUUGGUGCAACAGGUCAUACCCAACACUGCAGCAGAACAGGGAGGGAUCAAAGAAGGCGAUGUUAUAGUGAAGCUGAAUGGACAGCCGGUGGACACCACUGAAGACAUUCAUGAAGUGUUGCAAGGUGACCAGCCUCUCCUGCUGGAGAUUCACCGAGGCAACGAUGACCUGUUGUUCCACAUCCAGCCACAGGUUAUUCUGGAUUGACCGAGACGACUGUUCUUUGUUCUACUUUUGAACAAAUGUUGAGCAACACAGUGUCAUCGCAUACAUUUAAAUGCAUUUGGUCAUUGGCAAGAAAUAAUCAAGAUAUACACAGGAAUAUAUGAAGUGAUGUAAAAUAGUUUCAUUUGAUUUCCUGUUAAAGUGUACUGGUUUGGAGUGUUUUGUUGCGGUUUAUCUUUGUGAAGUAUCUGCAGUGCUCAUCGAGUUCCAUAAUAAAAGCCUGUGAAGAGA